AUGCCUGGUCGUCUUGAAGGAAAGGUUGCCCUCGUCUCGGGUACUACCCAGGGCUUUGGGCGGGGCAUCCUCGAGACUUUCAUUCGAGAAGGUGCCGUUGUUCUCGGAAUGGACCUCCAAUCCAAGGAUGGCCCUGUCGAUGGCUAUACUGAGAAGCAAGCCUACCAGAUCCAGGCCAAUGUGGCUGAGGAGGCUAGCUGGAAGAAGGCUCUCGAGACAUCGAUCGCGCGCUUCGGAAAGGGUCCUUCUAUCGUCGUCCACAACGCCGGGUGGUCAUACCCCAACAAAUCCGGCAUCGAGGUCACGAUCGAAGAGUUCAACCGCCUCUUCGACGUCAACGUCAAGAGCGUCUACCUAGCUUCUAAAAUCCUUAUUCCCGAGAUGAAGAAGAACGGACCUGGCUCAACCAUCGUUAUCUCCAGCGAGAACGCUAUCCGACCCGGCGCCACCCAGACAUGGUACAACGCCACCAAGGCUGGUGUCUCUUCAGCCACUAAGUCCAUGGCACUCGAGUUUGCUAGAGACCAGCUCCGGUUCAACACCAUUUGCCCUACCUCGGGUAACACGCCGCUACUAAACAAGUUUGCUGGCAUCGCCGACGGCCCCGUCCCCGCUGAGAUCAUCAAGGCCAAGUGCGAGGCUAUACCUAUCGGCCGUCUCGUUGAGCCUUCUGAUGUGGCCAACGUUGCCCUUUUCUUGGCUGAGCCUGCCAGCUCAAUUAUUAGUGGAGUCGAGAUUCUUGUUGAUGGUGCUCGCUGUGUCUAG